AUGGCUUCAACGAUCCACAAGCACCGGACAUCGGUCUCAAGGACCGCUCGCUGCCGCUGGAUUUUGUCAUGGAGGAGUUUCUACGAGCUUCAUCCACGUCGGAUCAGCCGGCGAGGAGAAGCUGAGGGCCUCGGCGGAUGGUUGUUGAUGAGGCAUCUUGCCGGUAUCUCAGUGGCGGACGGCGGUGCUAUUGGGCAACAUGGGCAUAAGGGAACUGAUACAGAACACAAUGGGGCAUCCAAUGCGGCACCUCAGUCCUCUGAAAAGAAGUUGAUUAUCUAUAGUCCCACCUCAACCCAAGCAGAUAUGAUCACAGCUAAUAUUAAACCGAUCCAAUUGGAGCUCAAGCCCAUUGGUGAAGAUGAUCAACCUGGCAAUCAGCUAACAGAAAUAAAAGGGAAAAGCCGAAAGGGAGUUAGCAAGGGUAAAGCAACUUGGAGAAGAACACCACAAAGGGAGGGCAGGCUUCUUAGAAAUUCCAAAGACAACUCCAUGGAUCUCUCAAUGACUCAAAUGAUCAGAAGUGGCACUAGCAUCAAAAUUUGGGAUCAGCAUUGGCUACCUUCACUCACAGACCAACAAGUUGAACUGUUGCAGGGCAUUGACAGGAAUUAUGUUUGGGUCAAAGAUCUAAUGACAGCAGAUGGGUGGAAUUGGGAUGUCAGAAAAUUAAGGAGCACAUUUCCUCCUCAUAUUUGUGAUCUGAUCCAGACUAUCAAGACUCUCAAUCCCAACCAACCUGAUAGAUGGACAUGGAAGCUUCACAAAAGCUUUGCUGGUGCACUUGUGGCGGCGCCGGUUUUCUUCGAUCUAAUGUGUUUUCCGGCAAGUUUCGGUCAAUUUGGGCCUACGGGCAGUUCCGCCGAACGAGUUUCUCGGCAAUCGGCAAUAGAGAUGGCUGGGGUAUGGUGUGUGUGCGUCAUCGUCCUGCACGGAACAAACCUCCAUGACGCCGGCCAUGAGGACAUCUCCGACGCUGCCGGUUUGACCUCUGCCGACCGUCAGGUUCAGGUGCCGCCGUGUGUCUCGCCGGAGGAGACGAACUUCUCUUAUAUAUCUUUUGAAGACCUGUGCGCUUUCCCUUUGGCGGGCCCUUCUAAUUGGUUCCACUCCUCGGCCGAGGAUCAAACCUUGCACACACCCCUAGAAGAUUCGGAUACUAAGAAGGGAGAUAAAGUGCCUCUGAUCAAGACCUCUUAUGCUUGGUUGUUUUUACCUGACCUGAACCUGAUGCCAAGGCCUUUGAAAGAAAGACUGAGACGAAAAUGCAACUCACAACGCCCAGAGGCGGCUCUAUCAACUCUGACUCUCGACUUCCAGGACUACUUUCAGAUGCAUGCUGUGCCCACACGUAUCAAUAUGCCGGCUCAAAAGCUCGCUCGUAAGCCGGAGAUAAGCAGUUCUAUCGGAGUCUCGAUUCGCGUCAAUCUAUACAUGCUAGCCGGCUCGGGCCCUUACACGGUUUUGCUUGAGUGCAGCAAGUUGAGAUUUCUUUUUAGCCACCUUGUCCUUCAGUUUCUCUACCUCAUCGGAGUCACCCUUCAUAGCCUCGUUAAGGAUGAGAGCUAG